AUGACUUCCCCCAGCUUUCGUGUCGCCAUCCUCGCCAAUUUCAUACUUGACGACACUGGCGGCAGACCAAUGAUUGACAGAAUUACACAACUGAUUCGCCAAUCUAAGCCAGAUGCCGAAAUUAAUGUCUACGCUGCCAUCGAGGGUGACAAACUCCCUGACCCGGAAACGAAAGACCUUGUCAUCUUGACAGGAGGGCCUUUCAAUCUCAUGAAAGAUGAGCGACCAAAAUGGGUUGUUGAUACGCUGGAGUAUCUAAAGUUAGCCACUGCAGGUCCAUCAAAGCCCAAAAUUCUAGGGAUUUGCUGGGGUCAACAGGCAAUUGCUUUGGCGCUAGGAGGAGCACUGGGCAAGUCUGACAGGGGUCAAAUUGUUGGCGUUGCGGAUAUCCCGUUGACAGCUAAAGGAACGAAGUUCUUCGAGUCCCCCUCGCUGACCAUACACAAGAAUCAUGAGAUUUUGGUGACCGACAUUGGGCCACAUCUGCUGCCGAUGGCUCUCAACAAUGAAGUUCUCAUGUCGAAGGAUGGCCAGGUGCUCACUUUUCAAGGACAUCCGGAGAUGGACUCUGUACUCUCCAGACUAUUUGUGGCUUCGGAUAAUCCAGUCUUAGUGGAAGCAGGAUCCGACAGCGGCUUGAAACCCAUUGACUCACCUCACGACGGCGAAAUCAUUUUUGAGAGAAUCGUUAGAUGGGCGUCUCCUGAGACUGGCCAUAGUUGA